AAGAAGCCUUCGGAGUGUCUUUUCACAGCCUUUGGGAGCUGAGUGAGGCUGCAGCGUGUGUGUAUUGUUGCUGUUGGAGCACUCGGCGUCCUCGGCUAUGGCGAUGGCGGGCUUGCAGUCCAUGCGCCUCCUCGGCGGAGACAAGCCAUUGACGAGUACUGCCCUCGGGAGAUCCUCUCUCCCUCGUAGUCUUCACUGUACCAGUGCCGGUGGGCGGAAUUUGGUUGUGAAGUCGUCGUCGGAGUUGAACGUCGUCGGGGGGUUGAGAUCGUCCUUUCUGCCAUGUCUUGACCGGAUUUUAGUUAGUGCGAAGGGUGAUGUUCCUAACGUUGCGAGGCGCAGGAGGCGUGGUGUUGAUGUGCAAGCUAGUAGUGCGGCGUCUAGUUCAUCGGAUGGGUUGGGAGGUGAGGCCGACGCAGGCAGUGGAUUGGAGUCAGUGCAGGCGGGUGGCGUCCCUUCCCGUGAGUCAAAGCUCGCGGAAACGCUCCAGCUCGGGUCUCUGUUCGGGCUUUGGUAUAUGUUUAACAUUUGCUUCAACAUCUACAACAAGCAGGUGCUGAAAGUGUUCCCGUACCCGAUCACGAUUACGAGUUUGCAAUUCGCCGUGGGUGCUGUGAUUGCGCUCCUCACGUGGUUUUCUGGAUUGCACAAGAGGCCGCAAAUUAGCCUGGCGCAGCUCAAAUUGAUUCUGCCUUUGGCGUGCGUGCACACUCUAGGAAACCUGUUCACUAAUAUGAGCCUGGGAAAGGUUGCCGUCUCUUUCACUCACACCAUCAAGGCUAUGGAGCCGUUCUUCUCCGUUCUGCUUUCAGCUCUGUUCUUGGGAGACAUGCCGAAUCCUAUGGUUGUGGCGACAUUAGUACCUAUUGUGGGAGGAGUGGCGUUAGCUUCUUUGACGGAGGCUUCCUUUAACUGGGCUGGUUUUUUGAGCGCUAUGGCCUCGAAUGUGACAUUUCAAUCGAGAAAUGUCCUUAGUAAAAAGUUUAUGGUGAAGAAAGAGGGAUCCCUCGAUAAUAUCAACCUUUUCUCGAUCAUCACAGUUAUGUCAUUUUUCUUGCUUUUGCCAGUGACUUUCUUCGUCGAGGGUGUGAAGUUUACACCGAGCGCAUUGGCAGCGUCUGGUCUAGACGUGAAGGUCGUUGUAACGAGGGCGUUGAUCGCUGGCCUGUGCUUUCACGCGUAUCAGCAGGUGUCAUACAUGAUUUUGGCGAAGGUGACCCCAGUGACGCAUUCUGUUGGAAAUUGUGUGAAGCGGGUGGUUGUUAUUGUGACUUCGGUUCUGUUCUUCCGAACUCCUGUUUCGCCAGUCAAUGGCCUGGGAACUGGAUUGGCCUUGUGUGGUGUUUUUGCGUACUCUCGAGUGAAAUCCAAGAAGGGAGACAAGAAAAAGUAGAUUCGCUUGGACAUCUGAAGACCAGUGGUUUUUCAUACUUCUAAUAUUUCAUUCCGAGUUGUAAAUGUUAUGACACUGCAUUUGUUCUCCCCUCUACGGAGGUUUAGGGUUGAGGAUGGUUAUUUAUGUGAUGACACUCUUGAUAUACGACUUGGUUAAAUUUUCACUUUGGAAGUUGCAAGUAAUAAGUUGGUUCUCCUGAAAAUCGAGGAAAUAAUGAGUCUCUCGAAGAGCAGCUUCUGAUAGAGGGAAUAGUGUAGUGUGAAUUUGGUGCUUCGGAAAAUUGAGAAUUAUCAAUUCCGCCUGCCAUUAUUUCAUCCAGAAAGUAAGUAGGCGGACAGCGUCCUCAGGUAGAAAGUAGGGAUGCGGUAUCAUGGGUCUGUUUAUUCCUCGUCAUAUGCAUUAUGCCUUGUUACGCGCAGGUCUGUCUAUCAUGCAGUGCACACGCAUGUUUUUCGAAAUUGUCCAGCUCUCUCAACUUAAUAUAUUAAAAUUUCUUUCUCUUA